CCUAGUGGGUGUUACCAGAGCGACCUGGAGAACGGUCGCGCGAACCCACCUGACAGCGAUCUUCAAUGAGAGCAUCAGUUGCUCCUUAUAACGUGAUCCUGCUCCAAUUCGCGACGUUGCCACGUGCCGCAUUUUGGGAAUUGUUUCGAAAUUAAGUCAGUGACGUGUUGCGCGCGAGAGAGAAAGAGGAGAAUUAAAGGAGAGAGAGUGGGCUCGCCGAUGUGGGCUUUAGAAUUUAAUAUCUAGAAAUAGAGGUGAUCGUUCCUCGGGCAAUCUCUCUCAUCUCGUAAAAAAGAUUAAAACUCUUUGUGUCUCUCUCCAGAUGUCAUAACGCUUGCUCUAUUUGUACUUUUAAAUAUAGAAAACUAUUCUAGAAUUCUGUGGUGUCGAUAGUGAAGUGGAUAAUCAUCCAGUGACCGUCACGUCUGUUUUUAAUGAACGAACGUAUCGCGCGUGACUCCGACGAAUCAUGAGAAGGUCCAAGAGUAAGCAUAAAUCGGAGCCGCGUGUUUCCUGAACCGCGACAAAUCCGAGUGACAUCGGUGACUCCGAGAAGAUAGGCCAGGCCAAAAUUGGUGUAUCGCGAGAGGAUCACCGUUUCGGGAAGAUGUCCGCCGCUGGGACCACGCCGCCAAACGCGAACGGUCCGCUUGUACCUUGUCCGUAUCUCGCUUUACCAACUCUGUCUUUCUCCGUCAGCCAAGUAGCAACGGUCUGCGAGACCUUAGAGGAAAGCGGCGACAUCGAGAGGUUGGCCAGGUUCCUAUGGAGUCUUCCAGUCGCUCAUCCGAAUAUCCAGGAAUUAAAUCAGAGCGAGGCUGUCCUCAGGGCGCGUGCCAUCGUCGCGUUUCACUCGGGACACUAUCGGGAACUUUACGCUAUACUGGAGAGGCACAAAUUCACCAAGGACUCCCACGGUAAGCUGCAAGCCAUGUGGCUCGAGGCGCAUUACCAGGAGGCCGAAAAACUCCGCGGCCGGCCGCUAGGUCCUGUGGACAAGUAUCGCGUAAGAAAGAAAUUCCCGUUACCGAGGACAAUCUGGGACGGCGAGCAAAAGACGCACUGCUUCAAAGAGAGAACCAGGUCGCUGCUCCGAGAAUGGUACCUCCAGGAUCCUUAUCCGAAUCCAGGAAAGAAGAGAGAGCUGGCCGCCGCGACGGGACUCACGCCGACGCAGGUUGGAAAUUGGUUCAAGAAUAGAAGGCAGAGGGAUCGCGCUGCUGCAGCGAAAAACAGCAGAAUGCAGCAACAAUCGGGCCAAGGAAACGGAAAUGCCCGGCGUGCUUUAAGCCCGGGGCCUGGUGGUAGCAGCAGCGAGGAUUCCGACAUUUCCCUCGGAGGAACAUCACCACCAUCGCCUAGUUCCUCACCGCCACCGAACCACCAACCGUCCCCAGUGCCCCUUGGAUCUCUUGGACCCUUACCACCACCCUCUUUGAAUUUCCGUUUCGAUCCUACGCAGCCACACUUUCGAUUCGGUCAUACGACAGCUUUCAAGUUCCCACCGACGAGCUUCCGAUUCGGACCGCACAGUCCACAACCUAACCAUCCGAAUAUGCCGGGUGGUGGGAUUUUCAGGUUCGCGGAGUCGAGCCCUUUUCAAGCCGUAGGGCCCAGAGGUGAUCCGACGACGAGACUACCGGAUUCGCUAGGGCUACCACCGCCGAGACUCCAUCCGCACGAAGGCCUGCUGCAUCAUCCGCACCCUCAGCACCAGCUGUCCGAGGGAAUAUCUAGGAUAUCCGAAACGUCGCGACUAUCCGACGGAGGGUUAUCUCGUCUCUCGGAUAGCUUAUCGGAGGCCCACAGCCCGCCAUUGAUGGCGGCAAACCUGUCGGUCACCGGUCCGCUGAGGGUGGCUGUACCCAGCCCGCAUACCCCAUCGUCCCGAGGCAGUCCACCCCCUCGGCAAUCGACACCUCAGGGUCAGUCCCAAGGUCAGGGGCUGAUAAGAGUCGCAACGCCACCGCCGGUGAAUCCAAAGCCGCAGAUCCACAGGCCCUUUUCGCCCGCGUGAUACGACAAGGGCAACGAAUCGGAAGACGCAAUCGGCACGGAUGAUCAUCCGAUGUCGAGGAAGAAUUACCGACGCGGUGACAUCGCGAACGAGCACCUCGAGGUGUUGUGAAGGAGGGGGAGUUAAAUGAGUGGACGACAAUCUGAAUCUUGAGAAGAAAUGUUCAUUCAGGUCGGCAAGUCCCGCGAGAUACAGGAAAUAAUCGGAAAUUAUAAAUGUACACGAUAUUGCCUGGUGUCGCAGAUCGUAUCGGAUAUGACAUUCUGGGGGAGGGGAGGUACAUUUCACAAAUUCGUGAAGAUCAACGUAACGGAAUGGACUACUAGGAUCGAUGAAGUCAUCGCACGGAGAUUAUUCAAAGAUAGAUAUAUAAUGUGAAUAAAUAUCUAUAACAAGAUGGCUUUCUCUCGCGACGACAUCAAUUAGUAUCAUCGAAAAACAGAUUCACGAGGCUUAGAAACGGUCGAUACGUACACGAAGGCGAAUUAAUAAUAUCAAUACGUAGAUACAUUGCCGAAAGUUCUACUUGAAGAUAUAAAAGAUACUACGCUACGAAUUAUAGAAAGAAUUCGUUUUAGUGAUGUGUGAUAGAACGCUUUUAAAAAACAUGGAACGUUUCAAAAAAGUGAGUGUGAAUUCACUAAAUAAGUGCAAUCUUUCAGACUCUAAAAAGAAAAAAGCGAACGGUCAGGGCGUGUAUAUAACUUCCAUUGGACGUUUCCGAUUCGUCCGUUCAUUAAAAUCCAAGAACCAGAUGCAGUGAGUCUUAGUUUGUAAAUAGCGCCGCUUCCUAGUUGAUAUUCUCUAUCUCGAACAAUCUCCGAGAUUGAUUAAUCAGAUGGUGAAUUAUACAGGAUUUUCAUGAAAAAAGUAACAUUUCGAAAAAUAUAUUUUAUGUUACAAAUA